AUGCCUCCAAAGCGCAAACAGCGCUCUGAUGAUGCCGACGAGCGGCAAGAUGAAGGAGAGCACGACAGCAAGAGUUUCGCGAUGUUGAAACCCAGGACCCGUCAUAUCUCGGAACGCACGAUUAAAACAAAAUGGACUACUUUACCUGAUUCUGUCCAGGAGAAAAUUAAAGAACUUUUCCGAUCGAUUGAGCGGCCGGUCGUUGUGAGACAUCGUGACGAAAGGAAGCGAAUUGAAGCCCAAUCCGCAGUACUCGCCGUCAGAAAAAAUUUAGGAAGACGGUUACCUCGAAUGCCAUUCCCACCGGGAACUCAGGAUGCCGAUUUCGACUACGAAGCUGCAUUGGAUGACAAUCGCGCUUUGGAGCUUCAAUUGGCCACGGCCGCUAAUUCCGCGGAUUUAUUAAGAGCAGAGAUCAAACGAGAAGAAGCUCAGCUUGCAAGAGAGAGAGCACAGCUUGAGGAGCUGGAAAAGAAUGCGAGAACAGCACAAGUGGAAAGAAAGCGACAGACAAGAAAUGCUCAUCCAGUCAUUCGGCGUCUGGAACGCUCGGGAGAGCGAAGCGAUGGGAGUACAGACUUUACAUUCACUGGACCGAAAGAUAACACCAGUAUGCUGUGCGAGAUCGAUCCCGAUUCGGAACUAUACCCUUUGAUUAAACAGCUUCGUAGCCACCUCGAAUCGAUGCAAAAUAAUGCUACACAGGUUGCUGGCCUCAGAGAAGCCAUCAUUCGUUCCCAAUCGUGCUUAAAUCUUCUGCCCCUAGGGUGA